AUGCGCUGUCUCUUCCUUUGUGCUCCACCGCUGGUGCUUGCGACCGUUGUCGAGCAGCGCACGCAGGGCGUGGGUUUUCAUUGUGCCCUGUUGCGCUUCAAUGCCCAACGGACGGAGCUCAGCUGCUGGGGUCAGAAUGACAAAGGCCAGCUCGGGCAGGGCGACACUAUGCCACGUCCGACACAGCAGGCAGUUGUCCUCCUCGGAUCCCAGGCAGUGCAGAUCAGCAGCGGGGCCUACCACAGCUGCGCGUUGCUGGAGACGGGGCAGGUGAAGUGCUGGGGUGCCAACAAUCGUGGUCAACUCGGCUUGGGGGAUUCGGCCAAUCGUGGAGACGAUCCGAAGGAGAUGGGCGACUGGCUCAGCCCCGUUUCACUCGGAAACUGCAAAGCCGUCGAGGUGCGAGUGGGCACGGAGCACAGUUGUGCUCGGCUGGAAGACGGUCGAGUGAAAUGCUGGGGGGGCAAUGGCCAGGGUCAGGCUCUAACAGGCGGCCCCGCCUCGAUCGGCCUUUGGCCAUGGGAGCUCGGCGAGGCUUUAGUGCCGGAGAGCCUCGGAACCAACCGGCGGGCAAUUUCGUUGUUGGCAGGGUCAUG